UGCCCACUAUGACUUCGGAUCUGGAUUAUAAAUCUUGAGGAGUUCGACCCGAUUCAAGAAAGCAAUGACAGAAGGCUCGAGUGGCGCGGGCAAGUAAACAAAUGUGCGGGAAAGCGGCGCUUCUUAUGCUCUGUCUAUCCCGCCAUCGUCGAGACCGACGAGCUAGGUGGAAGCAGGAGGAACAAGGAAGGGGAUUUGCGGCGCCUGACUGUUGAUCUUUAUUGGUUUGAGCGUGUGACAAUCCGUAACCACCAAUGCUAUUAUCACGUCCAGGUGUGCACUGAAGCAGCAAGAGCCCCUCAUGCGAUUCCUCCUCUUUCAUGACGGCCGGACAUUCCUUUCUGCGCUCCUCGAGAACCAACUUCUGCUUCCUCUUACGCUCAGCUCACUCGGCUUCUUCCCUCGCCUCUUUCGAUGCUGCCAUGUUCAGAAACAACGGAAGACAUGGUGCCAGAUUAGGGAAGUGUAGAUGGAAACGCAAAUAUGGCAAGCAUUCUUCCAGCAAGGAGAUUUGUAUGACUAACGAUGAAAUUACAGGCAACCUCAGGAAGCUAUUUGUUAUUAACAAAGCAAAAAUCGAUUCAUUGGGUGACCAAAGUAGUCCAUUUGAAUGUCAUAGUCACCCAUUGGGUAGCUCCGGGUGUGCUUUUGUCAGUUUCCAAUCGACACUUGCUAUUUCACCAGUUCAGAUUGGAUAUUCCUUUUUGCUGAACCAGUCUUCUUUGAGAAGACAAUAUUUGGAUGGAAAACUUAGGGGUUAUUCUACGAGUAGACAGAUUGAACGUGCAAAAGUUGGUGAUACUGUUGCAGAAGGAACUGCAGAUAUGCAUGUCACUACCAAGGAAGAAAAAGCAGAGGAAAAUGAAACUUCCCAUAGCAGAUCAAUGGAAAAAAGGCAUGCCCUUGCACUGGUUUUGAAUGUGGAUAAUACCACAUAUUGCCAUGACCACACAGGAGCUUUAUCUUAUCCUAAGUUGACGGGCGAGAAGCUUCAUGAAAAGAUUAGCAUGAAAGACACUGUUAAUGGGAUGUGUGAGCUCUGUAGUAUCCUGCACAACCUUGCCUUGUCUAAAAAUCAGAGCUCCGUCAACCACCUACUUAAGCAGUACUUAGUGAGCAAUUCUGGUGCGAGUGUCGGUGCUUUUAUUGAUCACCUUGUCAACACUUAUAAAACCUGUGAGUCCAAUCCUGAGUUGUUUGAUUGGGUGCUAAUUGCGUACUUGGAUCAGGGUUCUUUUGAUGAAGGGAUCGAGUGCUUCCAUAAAAUGGUAUCUUCCGGUAUCGUUCCAGGAAUUUCCUCUAGAAAUGCUCUUUUGAGUUCAUUGGUGAAGUUCAAUUCCAUGGAAAAGGCAUGGGAACUCUUUCAUGAGAUGAAAUCAAGCGACAUGGAUUUAGAUGUCAAAACAUUUGAGCUGAUGAUUCAGGCAUGCUACCAUGAAUCGAAGCCAGAUGCAGCUGAAGCUAUUCUUCAGGAGAUGCGAUCUAGAGGAUUUAAAUUAGAUGCUGACAGUUAUUCUAACAUGAUCCUGGCUAUAUGCAAGAAACCAAAUUCCCAAUUGGCUUGUGAACUGCUAAAAGAGAUGAAAAGUUUUGGACUGGUUCCUUCUGAACAUGCCUAUGGUUGUGUGGUGGGAGCUUGUGUGAAGCAACGGAAUAUGUCAGAGGCACUGAGAGUUACGGAGGAGAUGAUAGGUGAUGGUUUUGGCUUCAAUGCGGUGGUAGCCACGAGUUUAAUCAAGGGAUACUAUAUGAAGAAAGACAUCAAUGCUGCAUUGCAAAUGUUCAAUGAGAUGAUUGAUAGAGGAAUCACCCCAACUGUCGUUAGCUACUCUAUAAUGAUUGAGGGUUGUUGUGGGCUUGGGCACAUGGACAAGGCAGUCAUUCUAUUUGAGCAAAUGAAAGAAAAGCAUGUAACGCCUAACGUCUUUACCUUCAAUGCAAUGAUUAAAGGAUAUCUGAAGAAAGGAAAGUGGAGAAUGGCAUUGAAAUUCUUUGAUGAAGCGGUUGACAGUGACCUUGCAAAUGUUUUCACAUAUAAUAUACUUAUAUAUUACCUCAGUAAGUGUAAGAGAAUGAAAGAAGCGUCUGAACUAUGGAAGAAGAUGCUGAGUAAGGGAAUCAGCCCAACUAUUGUUUCCUACAAUAGUUUAAUUCUUGGUUAUUGCAGACAAGGGGAUACAGAAAUGGCUUCUUCUGUUUAUUCAGAAAUGAAUGAGAAAGGCAUCAUUCCUAAUGUAGUAACGUACACUACUUUGAUGAAAGGAUAUUUCAGAAGAGGAGAUAUUGAUGAGGCCUUAAGACUGCAGCGCACAAUGACACAAUCAGGGGUAGCAAUCAAUGACUUCACUUGCAACAGUAUAAUUGAUGGCCUCUGCAAAGCGGGUCGUAUAGCAGAGGCUAAUAGAACGAUUGAGGAAUUCAAGAAGAAAGGAUUUACUCCUACAUCCAUGGCAUAUGAUAGCAUUAUCGAUGGUCACAUGAAAGCUGGUGAUGUGAGUUCAGCUGUGCGUGUUUAUCAACAGAUGUGUGAUGGCGGUGUUUCCCCCAGCAUUGUUACAUACACUAUUUUCAUAGAUGGUUUUUGCAAAACUGGUAGUGUGGAUCUUGCCAUGAAGCUGUUCAAUAAAGUGGAAAAGCAAGGCCUUGAGCUGGAUAUAGUUGCAUAUAACAGCCUUAUAGAUGGAUUUUCAAAGAUCGGGCAGAUGAGUGGUGCACAUUUUGUUCUUAAUAAACUGAUUGCAGUUGGAUUAACCCCUACAUGUGCUGUUUACAAUAGUUUGAUUCAUGGGUAUGUUUCUCAAAAUAACAUUGAAGAAGCUCUUGAUUUGCAUAAAAAAAUGAGAAAAGAUGGCAUUGCUGGUGAUGUUUAUUUUUAUACUACACUAAUUCAUGGAUCAUUAAAAUCAGGGAACACAGUCUCUGCCUUUCAACUGUACGAGGAAAUGUUUGAUGAAGGUUUAAUACCAGAUACGAUCACAUAUUCUGUUCUUGUGAAUGGUUUCUGCAGAAAAGGACAGAUAGAAAAUGCACAUAAGUUAUUGCCUGAAAUGGAAAGAAGGGGCUCACUUCCUAACGUUCUUAUAUACAAUUCAUUGAUUGAUGCGUAUUUUAAGAAAGGAAAUUUGCGAGAGGCUUUCAGAUUGCACGACGAAAUGCUUGACAAAGGCUUGAUGCCUGAUGACAGAACCUACGAUAUUCUCGUGAACACAAAGUUGGAACGAAAUGUAUUGCUGUCGAGAAAUGCAGUGCCCGUAAUAUGACUGUUUGUAGUUGUUUUGAGGUGCAUUUGUGACGUAUAGAGACAUACAGGCGUGCUACUUGAUAAUGGUAAUUUUGGUCCAUGUGCAAAAUAGCGUGCGACAAGGUAUUCUGCGGGAAGAAAUGAAGCUUCUCAUUUUUGUAUAUACAUCUGUAACAUGAAUCUGCAACUUGAUUAUCCUCGAUGGGAUUGUUCAACAAAUCAUGGUGACACGAGAGGAUAAGGAUUAGCAUGCUUGGUGGUUGCACCCUCUAAAGACCAAUUAUGGCAUCUUGUCAUCUGUUCUGUCUGACCAUUUAUUUAAGAAAUCCUGUCCCAUCGUGCUACUAGUGAGAAGCCAUCACUUCCAACGGAUGUCAAAACACGCUACUUGGCGGUAGCUUUGUAAGCAAGAUAAAUGAAUCUGUCAUUCUGUUGAAGCAGUAGAAUAGUAGUAUUAUUGUAGAUCUUUCAUUGACCUCUGUGAUCAGCGCAAAGUUGGUUCGCUACUUUAGAUGCCAUAGGAUGGACUAUUUUCUCUUGUAUACAGCGGAGUUAGCCUGCCCGUCAGGCGAAUGUGCGUAUCCAGAAGCCGUCACUAAAUUUUGACCUUCAAUCAGUAAAUUUUUUACUAAGCUCAUGUUCUGGUGCCAGUUUGGCGAUCCUGAAUCUGUGUUAAAUCAAAUAUGCUUCACUGU